CAGCUCAGAGACCUUCCUCUCUUCCAUUGGCAACUAUUCGUAACCCUAAUUAGUCGAUUUCAAUUCUUACUCUUCUUCAACAUAUUUCUUUGCUCCCGUUCACAGAUCUAUACAGGCAAAAGAUUCAGCAACACUGAUUUUACCGCGUUUAUCGAUUCCAACCAGUUUAAUCGCGACUUAUCAGAAACAGAAUGGCCGAAGAGGGAUCAAAGAAGAAGAAAAGAAUGUUGCUUCAGAAAGAGUCGGAGAAAGCUGAAAACCGUGGCGUUUGCUAUUUGAGUAGGGUUCCUCCCCACAUGAAUCCUCUCAAGCUACGUCAGAUUCUUUCUCCCUAUGGAGAAAUUCAAAGGAUUUACCUCACUCCUGAAGACCCUUCUGCUCAGCUUAAACGAAAAAAAGCUGGUGGAUUUAGAGGACAAGAGUUCUCUGAAGGGUGGGUUGAAUUUUCUGAUAAACGAAUUGCGAAGAGAGUGGCUAACAUGCUCAAUGGAGAACAAUUUGGUGGAAAGAAGAGGUCAUCCUUUUACUAUGAUAUUUGGAAUAUCAAGUAUUUGAGUAAGUUCAAGUGGGAUAAUCUCACUGAAGAGAUAGCUUACAAAAACGCAGAAAGAGAACAGAAGCUUGCUCUUGAAUUAUCUGCUGCAAAAAGAGAACGAGAUUUGUACAUGAGUAAAGUUGAUCAGUCUCGUGCUCUUAGUUCUAUAGAUGAAAGAUUAAAGAAGAGGCAAAAGGUGAAGAAUGUGGAGAAUCAAUCAGAAGAAGAAUUGCAACCAAGAAAGAUGAUUCGUCAAUUCCCACAGACAAAACCGUUAGCCAAUGAUGGAGAUGAGAAACCUAGCGGGUUCUCAAAGAGUGUUCUGGCUGGGAUAUUUUUUGGAGGCCAAGGUUCUUGAUUACCAGACCAAGUAUGAUGACAGAAGAUACAAUCACUGUAUUGCGGGCUAUAGACAUAGUCAAGGUUAUAAUACAAUUUUGCUAGUUCCUGAAUGUAUACAACAUUAAACUAAAAUUGUAUUUUUGUCUUCUGUUAGCUUCCAUUUAGUUUAUCUAAGAUCUGCCCAGUUGAAAUGGUUUCCAUUGGACUUAUAAAAGCUCAUUGUUCUUCCCUUA